AUGUUCUACUGGCUCCUCUUCCUAUCCAUUUAUCUAGCUAUUCCCGUGCUAGCCAGUCUAAAGGAUCUAUCUCACUGCGAUCCCCUCAAGAAAGAUGCUCAUUGCCCUCCUGAUCCUGCCGUCGCCAGCAAAACCUCCUUUGACUUUACAAAAGCCACCUGGGAUGACCAAUUCACUUCCUUCUGGACUGUCGACGCCUCUACAUCGCAAGACAAACGCCAGCUUACUUUCAACACCACCGAUAGCAAAGGAGCUGCCUUUAACAUCUGGCAAGACAGCCAAGCACCUACCUUGACCAGCAAUAAAUACAUGCUCUUUGGCAAAGUCAGCGUCGAAGUCCAAGCCGCCAAAGGCCCCGGCAUCAUUACCGCCAUUGUCCUCAAGUCUGACUCAGGAGACGAGAUUGAUUGGGAACUCCUUGGGGCCUUCGAAAACCAAGCCCAAACAAAUUACUUCUAUGAUGGCCAGCCUCUCUUCAACACGUACAACACAACGUAUCACCUCGACGCCUCUUCCUUCGCCUCGACACAGAAGUACAGCAUCGAAUGGACCCCCACGAAUCUCAGCUUCUCAAUUAACAACAUCGUUCGCAAGUCGUGGCACGUUGGUGACAUCCCGGCCUACAAGUGGCCUCAAACCCCCAUGCAAGUCAAGCUCGGCAUCUGGACCGUUAGCAAUAGCAGCGAUCCAGGCACAGUCGCCUGGGCCGGUGGUCUGCCCAACUGGACCGGCCACGACGCCGACAAGAACCCGUACAGUGCCUACUUCAAGACGGUCGAGCUAGAAGACUAUACCGGCGGAUGCAACGAGACUGCCAAGGGCGCCAACAUCGAGUAUCUGUAUGACGAACGCACAACAGGUACCUCCCAACCCACACAGACUAGCGAUGGUGAUAAAUCUCACCCAUCCUCUUCUGCUACUACUGAGGAACAGCCAUCGCAAACGGGAGAGCAAAACCCAGACUCGUCUGAAGACAGUAGCAAUGAGAGUGACAAUGCGGCGCUGCCCAGUGGAAGACCAUCUUCGACACUCGGUGCGGUGCUCUUCCUCCUUUGGCUUCUCGCUGCGUGA